AUACACAGGCGAUCUUUGUGUUGUACAAAGACAGCAAAGAACUGACUGCAGCAGCCACAGAGCUCAAACCCCGUCUGUGUUUUUGGUCACGGCUGGUGUGUGCAAGUGAAACCAUUCAACGCGGACCGGUGCAAACUUUAUUUAGUCUCCUUCACGCCAUGGCCGAGGCCCUUUAAGACGUGACAGAUGUCAGGACUUGUGAACUGGUAGCCGGUUUGUUGGAGUGCCAAAACACACCGGAACACGAGGUGACAGCAAGUGACAGGAGCUUUGAUUGACAGGAUUCUUAAGUCUCAGCAGCAUUCAUCAAAGGACACAUCUGAAACGUUAUGUCAGAUUUCAUCUGAUGUUUGUAGGUGAAUCAUUUUGAAUGGACUUGGAUCUUUGUGAUGCUGUUGGAUGGAUGCAGUGAAGGUCCGUGACUAGAAGCUGGUUUUAGAGAUGAAAUGAGCUGGGAUUGGAAGGGAAGUUGCCUUUGAACGGACGGAGCUGAAAAACACAGCAAGUCCUGAAACCUACUCCAGGGUUUGUGUUGACCAAUGGAUGAGGAUGAAAUCAUGUGAGCGUGUGCUAGCGUUGCAGUGCCAUGGACCUGUAGCUGGACAAAAUCUCACCUCAAUAGACUGGGGGCCUCGUCUGCACGUGGUUGACCUUCUGUCAUCAACCUGAGAGGAGUAUCUGCUGUACGGUGUCGGAGCGUACGCUGGACUCAGACCAGGAAAGAAAUCCUGGAUUGUACGGCUUAAAUAUUGCAGGCACAAGAAAGAGAUGGAAAGAAAGAGAGAGGGAGAUGGAGGCCAGAUAGGAGCAUCUGGAGAGGCCCACAGUAGCUGCUUCAUUAAACUGGGCGGUAGCAUGCAGUGCGAGGAAGGCACCGAUUGGCUACUGGAGCUGUUGAUGGAGGUGCAGUUGCAGCAGUACUUCCUGCGGAUCCGGGAUGACCUUAACGUCACACGGCUGUCACACUUCGACUAUGUCAAGAACGAAGACCUGGAGAAGAUUGGCAUGGGUCGACCUGGGCAGAGACGACUGUGGGAGGCUGUGAAAAGGAGGAAAGCAAUGUGCAAGCGCAAGUCCUGGAUGAGCAAGGUGUUUAGUGGUAAGCGCCCAGACGGAGGAGACUUCCCCCAGCAGGGCCAGCCGGCCUCCUCCUUUCGUAAGCUGUCUCCCACACCUCCACUGGGCCUGGGGGAGGGAGUCCUGGCCACACAGCCCGAUGGUGGUGCUCCUCUUGACGGGCAGCAGCAGGCUCUGACCUGCCUCAUCCCAGAGAAGGAUCUGACGCUGUUUGAGAAGCUGGGGGACGGCUCCUUUGGUGUAGUGAAAAGAGGAGAGUGGCUGACGCCCGCAGGGAAGGUGCUGAACGUAGCUGUAAAGUGUCUGAAGACAGAUGUGCUCAGCCAGCCCGACGCUCUGGAGGACUUCAUCUGUGAGGUCAACGCCAUGCACUCCCUGGACCACCAGAACCUCAUUCGCCUCUACGGUGUGGUGCUCACACACCCAAUGAAGAUGGUGACUGAGCUGGCUCCCCUGGGUUCUCUGCUGGAGCGUUUGCGAUGUGUUCGUCCACAGGGCCCAGUGUUGAUCCACACUCUGUGUCAGUAUGCCGUACAGGUGGCCUGUGGCAUGGCCUAUCUGGAGCAGAGGAGAUUCAUCCACAGGGACCUGGCAGCCAGGAACAUACUGUUGGCCUCAGCUCACAGAGUGAAGAUCGGUGACUUUGGCCUGAUGAGGGCGCUGCCCAACAACCAUGAGCACUAUGUCAUGCAGGAGCAUCGAAAGGUCCCCUUUGCAUGGUGCGCCCCAGAGAGUCUGAAGACCAGAACGUUCUCCCAUGCUACAGACACGUGGAUGUUUGGAGUCACUCUCUGGGAAAUGUUCACACAUGGCCAGGAGCCGUGGCUGGGACUCAAUGGGAGCCAGAUACUGCACAAGAUUGAUAAAGAAGGUGAACGCCUCCCUAAGCCCGAAGACUGUCCGCAGGAUAUCUAUCAUGUUGUGCUGCAGUGUUGGGCUCAGAAACCAGACGACAGACCCACCUUUGUCGCCCUGCGUGAGUUCCUGCUUGAGACCAUGCCCACAGACAUGUGUGCUCUGCAGGACUUUGACGAGCCUGACAAACUCCAGAUCCAGCUCAAUGAUGUCAUCACUAUCAUAGAAGGGAGGGCUGAGAACUACUGGUGGCGAGGUCAAAACAAGCGGACCCUUAAGGUCGGACCGUUCCCUAGAAACGUGGUGACAUCAGUCGCGGGUUUAUCAGCUCAUGACAUCAGCCGGCCGCUCAAGAACAGCUUCAUCCACACAGGACACGGAGACACCAACCCUCAUCGCUGCUGGGGCUUCCCUGACAGGAUUGACGAUUUGUACCUCGGUAAUCCCAUGGAUCCUCCUGAUGUCCUUGCUGUAGACCACAGUGGUGCUCGGCCCACACAGCUACCAGGACGAGUUAAAAAGGAGCCUCCUCCCCGCCCUCCUCAGCCAGCACUGUUAAUCAAGAGUAAGUCUGGUUUCUCUCAGCAGCUCCUCACCCAUUGCUCCUGCCCUCUCUGUUUCCUCCUAGCACCACUCCUCAAAGAGCCCUGCUAUGAUUCAGUAAACGAUGAUGAGGAUCUGACUUCGGCAGGACUAAAGAGAUUAUCACUUCGGAAAACGGGUUCCGUCAAAGGCUUAAAACUAAAACCCGCUGCAUGGGUCUCUGCUUGCAAACAGGGGGGUGGCCGGACUUCAGGCUCAGGCCACAACCACAACCACAACAGUGAAGUGUCCCUCAUUGACUUUGGGGAGGAGUUCCCCCCACCUACACCAUCCCCCUCCCCUGUGGUUGAAAUCCAGAUUCCUUUACUGGCGAAGCUAGCUUUGGAAGCCGAGAACAUCCUGGACCGGACUCCACCUCAGAGUCCGUCCAGAUCGCUGCCCCGCCCCCUUCACCCUACGCCAGUAGUGGACUGGGAUGCCCGGCCAUUACCCCCACCCCCCGCCUAUGACGAUGUGGCCCAAGACGAAGACGAUAUGGAGGUGAGCUCCAUCAACAGCUCGGAGCAGCAGCAUGAAGAGGAGCAGAGUGAUGUCCAUAACCCAGAUCAGGCUCUCUUCUCUGGACAGAAGGGGGAGAGUGAGGCUCUUGUCUCCAGGGGUCUAGACAGAUCAGGCCUGGAGGACAACCUCUUUCUCCCCAGCAAGCAGAGCCAGGUUGUGUCCACCUCCUUCUCCCAGUCAGCAGAGAUCUUCCAAGAACUCCAGCAAGAGUGCAUGAGGAGACUAAAUGUACCGACUGGAAGUGCCACGCGGUCAAGCUCCCCGUCCCAGAGCUCAGCCACGUGUUCCCAGAAUCCACAGACCCACGAGGGGCACCAGCAGAGUGUCUUCUCCUCCAGUGAGGACAGACCCCAGAUCCCCCCACGUGUCCCCAUACCCCCUCGCCCCAUAAAGAGGGGCGACUACACAUCUGCUCGCUGGUCAAGGGAUCUCUCCCUGUCACCUACCCCAACUGACACCACAGAGGACAUUUCAGGCCCAAACCGGCCACCUCAGAUCCCUCCCAGGGACCUUUUGUCCCAGCCGGGCUCCAGGACUCCCAGCCCCAUGGGCCUGGUAGUGGGCUCCCCCCAGCAGAGAGUCUACUCUGUCAGUCCCACCACCAUGCAGGCUCCUAUUACCUCCUGCCCCUCCACACACACCUUUGGCUCCUACCUCUCCACCUCUCCAGGUAAACUCAUGCCACCCACACACAGCUUUGCCUCAGAUCCUAAAUAUGCUGCACCCAAAGUGAUCCAGGCGCAGGGGAAGGACGCCGCCAGCAAGGGCCCCUGUAUCCUCCCCAUCGUACGUGAUGGACGUAAAGUCAGUAACACACAUUAUUACCUACUGCCGGAGAGGCCCCCAUACCUCGACCGCUAUGACCGCUUCUUCAGGGAGGCAGAGAGCCUGCCUGCCAGCGGCGUGGAGGAAAGGCAUGUACGGCAAGUUAACACCGCCACUGUCAGACCCAUGGUGGUCAGCAGCCAGCCUCUCCAGGGACAGGCCCAGGGACAGGGGCUUGUCCAGCCAGGCGAGCCGAAGGCUAAUUUCUCCUCCAACAAUAACAGCAGUCUGGGUGCACCACGGUCAGGGAUGAAGACAUCAGUUAGUCUCCAUCGCGUCUGUUCAGACGGGCUGACAGCAGCGGUGGUGGUCACUGGUUCCUGCAUCAGGACAGACGGAGGAGGGAAUUCAGCUGACAGGGUCAAAAUGGUGCAGGAGGCAGUCCACGGUGUCACAAUAGAGGAGUGCCAAGCCGCCCUCCAGAACCACAACUGGAAUGUCCAGAAAGCUGUGCAUUAUCUAAAGGUGGAGCAGUUGUUCUGUUUGGGUCUGAGGAGCAGGUCAGAGUGUCUAAACCUGCUGGAGAUGUAUGACUGGAACCUGGAGGUGGCCAGCACUCAGAUGUUAGAUAACUAUGGAUCCACAACAAGACAGAGACUUUGACAGAAAUCUCAAGCUGCUGAGCUCUGAUUGGACCUUCAUCCUCAGUAAAACAUCAUCAGAGGAGGUGAAUCUGCUCCUGACCCUUCUUAUUUAUGCUUCAGACACGCCUCCAAUCAGAAGACUGUUUUCUGACUAUAGACGAAUCAAGCACAUUUUCACUGAACUAGCACAAAAUACCAAACUUUAUUAUGGCUCUUUUCAUACUUGACACGGACAAAGGAAUUACACCUGGGUGGUAAGAAAAGAAGACUUUGGGUUAUUUGGACUUUGGUCUGAAAGAUAUGUGAUUGUUGCACUUAUUAAGAAAUGGUAGACUGCCCUCUCCCACCUUUUCCAAGUUGUUGGACACAAAAAUGGCACUGUACUUUGUGAGUUCAAUUUCAUGUGGUGAACCUGAAAUGUCACAGAUCCUGGGUGCUACCACACUGUGUCAGAUCCACUUAAUGGUAUCCUCCCUGCCGCAAUUACACUGUUGACCAACUGCUGAGAGAUACUUUAGCCAUCUUUUCUUUUGUUUAUGUCAUUAAAAAGCCAGUUCGAAAGUGAACCCAUACAACGCCAUGAGGUAAUUGUAUUUUGUCAGAAUAUUGCCAAGAACUAUUACCGUUUGACUGAAAGCUGGUAUCUCAUUUAGUGAACAGAAUGUGUCAGAAUUUAACUGAAAUACUGUAUAGUGUAUACAGAUUUUACCUCUACCACGUAAAAGCUCAACAAAAACAAAACUAAUACUUAUUUGGCUGUCCGGGCCAGGAAAUAAUAUAGCCCGUUUACAGUUGUAAAGACGGGAUAUGAUUAUGAAAAUUGUUUGCUGCUGAAAGACAAAAAAAAUGUGAUGUGCAAAAAUGAAAAAUGUGCAGAAGACACUGCUGCAAAAUAAACAUUUAGACCUCUACAAUAAAAAGAAAAGCUCAUAUCCUCAAUCGUUUGUAUAAUACAUUUAGUAUUGACGCAGUGCUGCACAAGAGACAGAGGUGAAACCAGCCCAGUGUUGACCUGAAUCUGAAGAAUUAAUGGAAAAAGAUCAGGGAAGCAGUUUGUCCAAGAUUCACUUAUUUUAAAGACCCACAAAACUGUCUAAUAUAAUCGAAGGGUAUAAGAAAUAUAUCCUUU